GAGCUUGUUCCGCGAGACUCUGCUGCAGCGGGCUCGCGCGCAGCAGCAGCAGAGCGGCUUCUAGUCCCAGCCGGGGACAGACAGACAGAUUGAGAGAGAAGUAGCAGUUCAGCGGCGUCCCCGUCCGAUACACACUCAACUGGAUACCUACCGCUACGAAAAAAGGAGGGAAAACGGCUCUUUAUGUGAAGCAGUUGAUUCCGACAUUUGUUUCAGAGACUCCUAGUUCGGUUUUUACCUCCGAAACUUUGGCUCCAAGAGCGGCAGUUACCGUUAAAGAAGCAGCGUGUAGACAGAGAGCAUCUCAACUUUAAAGGCUUAUCAAACUUUACCUGCGUCACACCUUAACAUUUAAGAAAGAAAAAAGGCGUUUCAUCAGACUGAAGUUUUUCUAUGUUGUCCAUACGAAACUACUUUUUAUCCCCUCCAACUUUUUAAGUUUUUAUCUCAUAUACAAAGAGAAAAGAAAUCAAGCAGUACACGGAGACGGUGGAUGUACUUUCAACCAUGGAUGUAACCGUUUACCCGCCUCCUCCUCAGUCUUUAGCCACUUCAGACCACACCAGGAUGGGGCAGUUCUCCUACCCCGAGCCGGGCUUUGGAGCUAGCAAGCUGGAUGGGGACACCAUGUUCCUGGGUAUGCCAGAAGCAGGCCUUGACUUCACCUCGACCAAUCAGUUCCGUGUGCCACAGCCCCCUCACCCUCUCAGCAAGGUGACGCCACCCAACCCACCCUCACAGCACUGGAGGAGGGAAGCACACAUGGCCGACAUACACCGUCUGCACUGGUCCUACCCUGUGAGUGGGUUGAGCGAUGAAGAUUUCAACAUCCCGCCCAUCACCCCGCCCACUUUACCAGACCACAUGAUGCCCCAUCCUGGCCCGCACAGUUCCUCCUCCGGACCGUACAACCCCAUGGAGUCCCCCUCCAGGUCCGCUGCACACCACCAGUACCAGCUGCAAAGCAUGGACAUGCCCGGCAUGCCCGCCGGCCAGGACGGCACUUCCAUGCUGAACCAGGAGGGCGGCACGUUCAGCCCUGAAGGGGGCCCGAUGACCAGCACGCUCUCUGUGAUGCAGCAGAUGGUGAACUCAGAUACUCGCUUUACCAGCAGCCAGCAGCCAAUUGAAGCCGCACUUGGACCCAGGAGCCAAUCAGGCAUGAGCCAACAAAACCAUUUGUCCACAAUCAACCAACCCCAACUGGGGAUAAAUGGAAACUCCGCUACCCACAAUUCCCCUUCUCCUCCUGGAAGUAAAUCUGCCACCCCAUCUCCCCCGAGUUCAGCCCACGAGGACGACAACGACGACGGACUCCGGGGUGAGAAGCGGCCAGCCGCUGUGGACAUCUCAAAGAAACCCAAGACUCCAAAAAAGAAGAAGCGAAAGGACCCCAAUGAGCCAGUGAAGCCAGUGUCAGCCUACGCCUUGUUCUUCAGGGACACGCAGGCCAACAUCAAAGCUCAGAACCCCAACGCCACCUUCGGGGAGGUGUCAAAGAUCGUGGCCUCCAUGUGGGACGGACUGGGAGAAGAACAGAAACAGGUGUACAAGAAGAAGACGGAGACGGCUAAGAAGGAGUAUCUGAAACAGCUGGCUGCGUACCGAGCCAGCCUGGUCUCACAGAGCUACACCGAUCAUUCUGAGAUGAAGCCGCCCCACUCCUCCUCCUCAUCCUCCUCCUCUACCUCAAUCUUCACACCCAAACCCUCCGUCUACCCCGGGCACCCGGGGCAGCACUCCUCCCACCCCCAUUCCCUCUCUCCCCAUCAGCACUCGGGCAUGUACAUGCCGUACCACCACCCCCCACAUCCUUCCCAUGCCUCCAGUCCCGGUCUUGGCCCGCACCUGCCCCCUCCCCACCCUCAAAUCCAUGCCCAGCUACACGCUCUGUCCUCCAGGGGCACCGUGCCACGGAGCAGCGUCCCCCACCAGGGAGCCAUGUCCCUUAGCAAUGUGGCGGCAGCGACCACCCCCCCUCUCCAGGUCAGCCCUCCUCUCCACAGCCAGGCUCACCUUGGGGGGCUGCACAGUCCACACCAUCAGCACCAGCAGCUCAGUGGACACUCACUGGGGAUGACACACUCCCCUGCCAUCACACAGGGAUAUCCUUCUUCCCUCCAGUCUGACUAUCAGCCAAUGGGAGGCGGCAUGCUGAACAGUGGAUCUGUGAUGUCAUCAUCAGUGGACUACCACCAGCUGGGUCGACACACUCCAAACCACCAUCCUUCUUUGGAUUGGAGCACUGAUUACCAUGGCAACGGGAGCCUGCAGAGAGACAAACCUCUGUAUCUGAGCUAAUCUCAGGAUGAAACCAAACUUCAACCCUUCUACUGCCACAACCUCCCGCCUGGUCCCAACCUCAAACCCCACGUGAACGUCGACAAACUCUCACUGGGCACUUGCAGACAAAACGUGACAGAAAUCUGAGUUCAGCACUUAAAAAAAGACGAAUUACGGAGCAAUUUCUGAACAGUGUUAAGAAGGGAAGAAAACGUCUGUUUUUGGCUGUAUGUGUAUAUCUACCAUUUAAAAGAAGCUGUGUACACCCACCACGAGAUGGGCAGGUCCUGUGCUGUGAUCCAUGCCGAUGUACAUACUCCAAACUCUGUCUUUUCUUUUCUGCUCGCAUUUUUUUAAUUAUUAUGUAAGAAUGGUGUAAACCAUCAGUUCCAGAAGGUUUUGUAAAUUGCUGUAACAUAAUUUUUUUGAGUUGCUGAUUUCAAUCCAACUGUUUUCUCCUUUUUUUGGUUUGAUUUAAUAUAGCUACUGUGUCCUUCUGCAGCCAUAGCCAGAAGAACGCAGAACGCAAAGCAAGAAGAAUUAACCAAAUACUAGUCCAACUGUGUUCCCUCUGGCUCUUUAGUUACAUGAUGAUUUGUUGCUUUAUGGACUGAAGUCCCACAGACUGCAGAAGCAGAGAAGUGGUGGUGAUUCAGAGCGAUGAUGGAUGACGACUGGAUGCUGCUUGCAGCCAAAGACAAAUAUGAAAAGUAUCUGCAACAAUAUUAUCAAGCUGUUUGUAGCCUGUUUAACCAGGCGCGGACUGUGAAUAAUGUAAGAUUGAACUUUCACCGCUCUCUUGAAGGAAUAUGAUGUAUUUUAGUCCCUGAAAUGAUGAAACGUCAAUUGUUUGUUUAAAAAGAAGAAAAACGGCAGUUUUUGAUGCAAGCUCCUCUUCCUGGCAUACGUCUGCUGAUAACAUUGAUUUGGAUCCAAACUGUGUGCAAGUGUGUGAAGUGUUAAUGAGAAACUGGAGCGCUUGAUUGGGUUGCAUGUCCUCUUUUGUCAUCGCUAUUCUCUGUGGUCAGACGCUAUUUAAGAAACUAUAAUUGUUGCUGGGUUGGCCAUGUUUAAUGUUUUUUUUAAUCAAACUGAGGUUUGUUUUAGUGUUAAUGAUAUCUCUCUCUCUCACUAUGUAUCUCUUUGUAAUAUUGUUGUUUUAUUUUGGCAGAUGAAAGGACUCGGGGCAACAACAACUAUUAAGAUUUUCUUAUUUUUAGAUUCUAAAAAUGUGUUUGAGAAUAAAGUAAGUGCUGCAUUGAGGUGCAGUCUACUCCAAAGUC